AUGUCCGACACCGAGAACUUCGUCUCUCAACUUCGCCAGCCCACCCGCUUUGGGAUUCCUUCGCCUCAAAAACCUCUGGCAGAUGUCACAGCGUUGGCAACCAACUCCCGCACUGCCAUGCCGCCUCCAAUAUUCACCGGCCACAAGCGACAAGGCUCGAAUCUACCGGAGCCGAGUGCAAAAAGAAAGACACUUGCUGAGCGCGCAGGCGAACCUGUCAGACCAAUAGGCGCGGCUCCAAAGACCAGCACUACCGCGAGCGUUGGACUAGUAUCAGCCUUUCAGUCCAGAAAUCCUUCAGCGUUCUCUCAAUCCUAUCGGAGCAACUCCAGAAAUACCUCAAGCUCUUCGACGGCGUCUAAUUUCUCGGCCAGUGUGGGCACUGGCAUUCGACCGCCUACAAUUCACCAAACAUCAAGCAUCGCCCGCCCAAAAUCAUCACUCGCCAAAGAUAGAGGAACUCGAUUGGCCGACUCGAGGCCUGCUACAGCACUAGGAACCCGUGGAAGGAAUCAGGAUGGUCCCAAUAACAAAUGUAUGGUUUCCCUUUCUUCCCAACCCAGACCAAACGCGCGUGCUCCCGCUCGUGCACCCGUGAGGCUCGGACCCGUGAAUGUACCCAAGAGAGAUGCUCGAAAUAUUUCACCACUGAAGGGAUUGGCGCCGUCUGCAAUGCCGCUCAACCGGAAUGUCUCGACAACGUCAAUCACCCAGCAGAUGUUGGGUCUUUCCUUGGCCCCUCAGACACCGACCCCCAAGGCACGUCGGCCAGAGCCCUCUUCAAGGCUUCCCCGUCCUUCGCCUCGAUUGUCAACACCUCCUGUGAAGGAGCCUUUUACCCCAGCCCCCUUCCCUAAAGAUCUUUUUACCACUCCUCACAAAACUCAAGUAAGACCAUUUCUAACAAAAGAUUCUAAUCUAGUGGCGUGGGACCCCGAAGAACAGUAUGGCAACAUCGAGAGAAUGUAUGAAGAUGUUUGCAAACAUUACAAGGAAGCCAUGGAAGACAACAUGGAAGCAAAAGAGAUCAACAACACUUACAAGUCCACCAUCGCGAAUCUUGAGCAAGAUCGGAGAGACGCCACCGAAGUCAUGAUCGCUCUCAGGUGUGAGCUGGAAACCACAAAAUAUCGUCUGGAAUCUGCCGACCGAGCAACCCAGGAGCUCAAACGAGACCAAGAAAUCGAAAUCGAAACCAUCAAAAAUCAACAUAAAACAGAACUCGAAGGACUUCGCCAAUCCCACCGAGACGAUGUGGAGCGUUUGAAGUCGGACCACAGAGAGGAUCUUCGUGAAUUGAAGAAACGAUUGGAAGACGAACUUGAACACGAACGUACGCAACGGAUCCAGGCAUUGAGCCAGGUGUCCACUCAGGGAGCCCUUGAGAGACAACGACAUCAGAUGGAUCUCGAAUCAAAGGAGCAUGAGAUGCGGAGUUUCAAGCUGGAGAUUGAUCGACUCAAGGCAGAUCUUGAGCGAGAAAAACUCCUCAAUGAUGAUCUCCGCCGCAACUUGUCCACCGCAGGCGACAACGCAAUGAGCAUGGAAAGUGCGCGCCAGGCGCUCCAGGCGAAGAUUGAGUAUCUGGAAUCAGACAGCAAAUCUCAGUCAGAAGCGUAUGCUGCGAUGGAAAGAAGAAUGAAUGAAGCUUUGGAGAAAGCGACAGAGUGCGAGGAGAAGCUAAGGAAGGAAGAAAUCCUUCGCCGCAAACUGCACAACCAAGUGCAAGAAUUGAAAGGCAACAUUCGAGUCUUCUGCCGUGUCCGACCCACCAACGAAAGUCAAGCAGCCGAAGAGACGGCAAAGAUCACAUUUCCCGAAUCGGACGAAGAAGUCAGAGACAUUGAAAUCAAAGGACCUGAGGAAACCAACAGCCUCGGGAAAGUGACAACAAAGACACACCAGUUCACAUUCGAUCGAGUCUUUGACCCGUGCAGCAGCAAUGCGGACAUCUUUGAGGAAAUCAGCCAACUCAUACAGUCCGCACUGGACGGUUACAACGUCUGCAUAUUCGCCUACGGGCAAACCGGCUCUGGAAAGACGUUCACCAUGUCUUCUGAAGACGGCAUGAUUCCACGAGCCUUGCGACAGAUAUACGCUACUAGCAAAGAGCUAGAAUCUCGAGGUUGGAGGUACACCAUGGAAGGCAGCUUUGUUGAAGUAUACAAUGAAGAGCUGCGAGAUCUUCUGGGAAAAGACUCCGACAACAACAACAAAAAACAUCAAAUUCUUCACGACAGCACCACAUGUGAAACUACAAUUACCGACGUGACCACCGUCAACCUGGAUAGCCAAGAUAAAGUCGAAGGCAUCCUUGCGCAAGCUAUGUCCCGUCGCUCGGUGGCCGCCACAAAAGCCAACGAACGCAGUUCUCGAAGCCACUCUGUCUUCAUCCUCAAACUUGCAGGUUACAACACAGUGACGGGUCAGAAGAGCAAAGGCACGCUAAAUUUGGUCGAUCUCGCCGGUUCAGAAAGACUGUCUCAUUCCAAGGCCGAAGGUGCACGGCUAAGAGAGACACAAAACAUCAACAAGUCGCUCUCGUGCUUAGGCGACGUUAUUGGUGCCCUUGGCCAGCAGCAAGCCAGUGGUUCAAUCAACUCUAGAGAGAGUGGCAACAGUGUCGGAUCCAACUCCUCAUCAUCCGCGAGCGGAGUAGGCGGAACACACAUACCCUACAGAAACAGCAAACUCACCUACCUGUUGCAGUACAGCUUGGGUGGAAACAGCAAGACCCUGAUGUUCGUCAUGGUCGCGCCAGAGAAGAAGUGUCUCUCGGAGACGCUCACGAGCCUGAAGUUUGCAGAGAAAGUGUCGAAGACGAAGAUUGGAGUGGCGAAGAAGAUGGCAGGUGGGAAGUGA